AUGUUGAACGCUAGACUGUGCUUUAUUUUUUCCUCCCAACUUCACGUUUCCAUGCACCAAAAUGUUGAUGAUAUAAAUACUGGAUACCACGCUUACCUGACAGGUUUCUUCCAUCCCACCUGUACGCAGGAGGUCGGAGCGUGCGCGCCAGCCGCGGCUGGAGCCCGCCUCUGCCGGCCGGAGCGGGCUCGGCCGGCCGCGGUUCCCCCUGCUGGCCCCGGUGCCGGAGCCUUCCCCCAGCCAGGGCUCCCGCAGUCAGCCCGCCAAGCGCACGCGCACUUCCCUCGGGCUGCCUCUGCGCCUCCGGUUUUCGGCAGGGCUGCGACUGGACGGCUCCAGAGGCAGGGGCGGGGCGGAGCUAGUGCCGGAGCUCGUAACCACGUGACCGGCGCCAACAUGGCGGCGCCCAGCGGCAUCCACCUGCUCUUCAGCAGAGGUUGUCACAGAAUUUUCUCUUCACCACUCAAUCACAUCUACUCACACAAGCAGUCCGGCAGUCAACAAAGAAGAAAUUUCUUGUUCCGGAGACAAAGAGAUAUUUCACACAGUAUAGUUUUGCCGGCUGCAGUUUCUCCAGCUCAUCCAGUCCCUAAGCACAUAAAGAAGCCAGACUAUGUGACGACAGGCAUUGUACCCGACUGGGGAGACAGCAUAGAAGUUAAGAAUGAAGAUCAGAUUCAAGGGCUUCGUCAGGCUUGUCAGCUGGCCCGUCAUGUCCUCCUCCUGGCUGGGAAGAAUUUAAAGGUUGACAUGACAACUGAAGAAGUAGAUGCUCUUGUUCAUCAGGAAAUCAUCAGUCAUAAUGCCUAUCCCUCACCUCUAGGCUAUGGAGGUUUUCCAAAAUCUGUUUGUACCUCUGUGAACAACGUGCUAUGUCAUGGUAUUCCCGACAGUCGACCUCUUCAGGAUGGUGAUAUUAUCAACAUUGAUGUCACGGUCUAUUACUGUGGCUACCAUGGAGACACGUCUGAAACAUUUUUGGUGGGCAAUGUGGAUGACUGUGGUAAAAAGUUAGUGGAGGUUGCCAGGAGGUGUAGAGAUGAAGCAAUUGCAGCUUGCAGAGCAGGGGCUCCCUUCUCUGUAAUUGGAAACACAAUCAGCCACAUAACUCAUCAGAAUGGUUUACAAGUCUGUCCACAUUUUGUUGGACAUGGAAUAGGAUCUUACUUUCAUGGACAUCCAGAAAUUUGGCAUCAUGCGAAUGACAACGACCUGCGCAUGGAGGAGGGCAUGGCGUUCACCAUAGAGCCAAUCAUCACCGAGGGAUCCCCUGAAUUUAAAGUCCUCGAGGAUGCAUGGACUGCGGUCUCCGUAGACAAUCAAAGGUCCGCCCAGUUCGAGCACACAGUUCUCAUCACGUCGAGGGGCGCUCAGAUCCUGACCAAACUGCCUGACGAGGCCUGAGGCGCGGCCCGAAAGGCGCGGCCACCUGACGCUUUUCUUUCCUAAAUCAUUGAAAUCCAGCAAGAGAAUUUUUAGAAGACAAGGGCAAACGGCGGCUUGGGCGGUAACCUACCUGGCGCAUAAUAAGCGUCUUCGGAAAACGCGGUGGGGAUUAGGGAAGGUU